CAAAUUCAAGAGAAAUCAUGUUAUCCAUAAACCCUUCCUUGGACUGGUUUUGACUACAAUUCAGACAAACAAGAGAGGGUUCUUCCUCUUUGGUGAGAUCUAAUCUUGGCUUAGUAGCGAUGGGAGGCGGAAACCAAGGCGUGAUGAUGAUGACGAUUACUUCCCAGAAUCUGAACCCUUUUUCCCAGUUGCAAUUGCAGAUCAAGGGUCUUGAGAUUAAAUUCAAGGAAUGGUUGGCCAAGCAGUCCUUACCCCUUGAGGCCGCCAUCGUUACCGUCACAAGCGCUGCACAAGGCGCUGCCAUCGGCGGCCUAAUGGGUACCUUCACAAGCGACAUCUCCUCUUCUAUCCCCACCCCUCCUCCUAAUGCCCCCGGCUUCAAUCCCCAAGCCAUGGCUUCUUUCAAGCAAGCCCAGGCCUUAUCAGGGGGUCCUUUGAUACAAGCAAGGAAUUUUGCUGUCAUGACAGGAGUAAAUGCUGGUAUAACUUGUGUCAUGAGAAGAAUAAGAGGGAAAGAGGAUGUGCAGUCCAGUAUGGUGGCUGCUUUUGGAUCUGGAGCCAUGUUCUCACUAGUGAGUGGUAUGGGUGGUCCAAAUCCAGUAACUAAUGUAAUUUCAUCGGGCCUCUUCUUUGCACUUCUUCAAGGUGGACUUUUUAAGAUGGGCCAGAAGUUCUCGCAGCCAGCAACUGAAGAUGUGCACUACGCGAAAACUAGAAACAUGUUGGCAACCCUAGGCCUCCAAAAUUAUGAAAAGAAUUUCAAGAGAGGAUUGUUAGCAGACAACACCUUGACCUUACUAACUGACAGUGCUCUUAGGGAUGUGAAAAUACCUCCUGGACCGAGGCUCAUUAUUCUGGAUCACAUCCAAAGGGACCCGGAGCUUAAAAGAAGAUGAUGGACUAAAGCGCGUUUGCAGUGGAUUGUCAGACCCAGAUAAGUUUUGUUGUUAUUUUCUUAGAGUUCAUUAUUUUGUUCGCAAUCUAUUGUGGGCGGGUGGGUGGAUGUGCUUUGUAGUAGGUGAGGCUUACAUUUGAUAAUGCUAUGAAGUUGUGUGAGAACUUAGAAGAAAGCCUCUUAGGAUUUGAAUGUUCUUUAUGUUCAUUAAGUAGAUUGAUCUUAAUAGAAAAAGAGAUGAUGAUGAUGGUUGAAUAUGAAUUUCUCACUUAUUCAAGCUUUAUAACAAUGCUUCAUUUACACAUAUUAUAUAUAUAUGUAUGUCAAUGAUUUGUUUAUAUUC